AUGGCCAACUACGGUAAUAAUGGGGGUGCCAUAGAAGACCCAGCUAAUGGUCAAAAUCCACCCGACCGUAGCCUGAGGGACUAUGUGUUGCCAACAAUGACAGGGGUCCAGUCUUGUAUAAGACCACCCACCAUAGAUGCAAACAAUUUUGAAAUAAAGCCAGCCAUACUUCAGAUGGUUCAAUCCACAGUCCAGUUUGGGGGACUACCCACUGAAGACCCAAACAUGCAUCUAUCUAACUUCAUGGAGCUCUGUCAGACAUUUAAGAUGAAUGGAGUUAGUGAUGAUGCUAUCAGACUCAGAUUAUUCCCAUUUUCUCUGAGGGAGCGAGCCAAGAGUUGGUUGGUAUCUUUGCCACCUAACUCAAUCAAUACAUGGAAUGAUCUUGCACUAAAGUUCCUCUCCAAGUUCUUCCCUCCAGCCAAGGCAGCUAAGCUAAGGGGGGAGAUCAACAACUUCUACCAGCUGGAUAAUGAAUCUCUAUAUGAGGCGUGGGAGAGAUUUAAAGACUUGAUAAGGAGGUGCCCGCAUCAUGGGAUAGAGAGAUGGAUGUUAGUCCAUAACUUUUAUAAUGGGUUGUGUGGUACCACUCGCACACUCAUUGAUGCAGCAGCUGGUGGGGAAUUUAUGAGGAAGAGCGCCAAUGAGGCGUAUGAUUUGUUAGAAGAAAUGGCCAUUAACAAUCAACAGUGGCCUAGUGAAAGAGGUAACUCGAAGAAAGUGGCUGGUUUGCAUGAGAUUGAUGCAAUAUCUAAGUUAACUGCUCAAGUUGAGGCUUUGACUAAACAGCUGCAAGGCAGUACAAUGGCAACCCCCAUGAUGCAAGCUCAAACUAUGUGUGAAUUAUGUGGGGGUCCUCAUGCUUAUGAAAAAUGUCAGUACGCGGAUGUCAAUAAUAUGCCAUUGGAACAAGCUCAAGCCAUUGGGAAUUUUCCUCGUCAAAACAAUAACAAUCCUUAUUCAAAUUUCUAUAACCAGGGUUGGAGGAAUCACCCCAAUUUUUCUUGGAAGAAUGACCAACAAGGCCAGUCUUCAGUUCAGCCGUCACAACAACCAUUUCAGCAGCCACCUCCUGGGUUUUACCAACCGCCCAUGCGACAACAACAGAAUCCUAUGAGACAGCCUGAUACUCAGUCUGAUGUUCUUAAUCAAUUCAUGAUUGAAACACGGUCUUCUAUUAGAAAUUUGGAGAACCAGAUUGGGCAAUUGGCUACUCUUAUGGAAAACCGUGCUCAAGGUAACCUUCCUAGCACCACUGAAGUCAAUCCAAAAGAAGAGUGCCAGGCUAUUACAUUGAGAAGUGGGAAGAAAUAUGAAGAGCCUAGUGUGGAGAAGUCAGAUGAAGACAAGGUUCAGGAUCAACAAGCACAGGGCACAGUGGAAAAGAAGCAAGGUGAAAACAAGGUUACUGAAUACCUCCCAACCAAAGAAGCUACACCACAAGUGAGCAUAGAUCACCACAUCAAGAUUCCCUACCCACAAAGGCUCCGCAAGAACAACCUUGAUAAGCAAUUCUCAAAGUUCCUUGAAAUAUUCAAGAAACUACAUAUCAAUAUCCCAUUUGCGGAGGCCUUGGAGCAAAUGCCAAGGUAUGUUAAGUUCAUGAAGGAUAUUUUGGCCAAGAAAAGGAAGUUGGAGGAAUAUGAGACAGUGGCACUUACUGAGGAGUGCAGUGCAAUCUUGCAGAUGAAACUACCUCCCAAGCUUAAAGAUCCGGGUAGUUUCAAUAUUCCAUGUUCUAUAGGGGGCUCAGUCGAAACAAAAGCUUUAUGUGAUUUAGGGGCAAGUGUGAAUCUAAUGCCUCUAUCUAUUUUUUGA